CGGCCCACGUGGUCUGAGCGACGCCGGGCUUCCAGGCCCCUCGGCUGCUCAGCCAUGAGCGAGCCGCCGCCCGAGGUGCGCGCCUUCCUGCGCGAGCACCCCAGCCUGCGGCUGCAGCCCGGCGCCCGCAAGGUGAAGUGCGCUCUGACGGGCCACGAGCUGCCCUGCCGCCUGCCCGAGCUCCAGGUCUACACCCGCGGCAGGAAGUACCGGCGCCUGGCCCGCGCCUCCCCUGCCUUCGACUACGCGGAGUUGGAGCCGCACAUCGUGCCCAGCACCAAGAACCCGCACCAGCUGUUCUGCAAGCUCACCCUGCGGCACAUCAACAAGGCCCCGGAGCACGUGCUGCGGCACACGCAGGGCCGGCGCUACCGGAGAGCCCUGUGUAAAUAUGCAGAGUGUCAGAAGCAGGGCGUGGAGUAUGUGCCCGCCUGCCUCUUGCACAAGAGGAGGAGGAGGGAAGACCAGAUGGACAGUGACAGGCCACCCCGCCGGAGACCAGCCUUCUGGGAGCCCGAGUCCAGCGAUGGUGACGGCACGGCCCCGAGUGACAGUGACGACAGUAUGGCAGACCUGUAUCCGCCCGAGCUGUUCACCAAAAAGGACCUGGCAGGGGCCGAGCACAGGGACAGCGCUGAUGACUUUCUGACCGAUGAAGACGAGAGGCCAAGGCACCUGAGAGCAGAGGGCACUGGGGACGGAGAGGGGAGGGGAGGGGCCCAGGAGCCGGCCCUCAAGCGCAGGAAGAAGCAGUCGGGCUCAUCCAAGAAGUUCAAAAGCCGUCACCGCAAGCAGAAGCGCAUCAGCUCUUCCCAGCAGGCGGGUUAAUAAACGUUUCCUGGAGAC